AUGUCUACUGAACCAGUUACAAAAAUAUUUAAACAAGAACUAAUUAAUGUUCAAGUUGCUGCACCACAACAAAUAACUACGACACCAAUGUUUAAAAAGAUAAAAACGUCACUUUAUAAUGCAUGUAAUAAAAGUUAUCCUCCAACACCAAAGUCAUUAAAUGAUGCAAAAAUUGAAGGUAUAUGGCGACAAACGUUAAAUGGAGAUCCUUUUCUACUUAUUGAACAGAAACAACAACCAGUAUUUGGUACAUUAUCUUCUCUUCAACAAUUAUGUAGUAGUGAUCAUCUAUUUAUGGAUGGCACAUUUUCAUCAUGUCCAUCUCCAUUCUAUCAAUUAUAUACCAUUCAUAGUUAG